AUGUCGUCGUCGUCGUCGACGCAGCGUCACACCCUCCAGCCCGCACUAAUCCCCGGCACGCCUCUCGUCUCCAGACGCCCCGUCUCGCUCGACCUGGUCCAGGUCCAUGAUGGCUCAGGCCCCCAAGCCCACCUGACCUGCUGCUGCUGGUAUUCAGUCCCAGGCGCACGGGGUGGGUGGAUCCCACAGUUGAGCCGCAGCGGCGAGGCCGGCCCUCGCCCGACAAAAUUUUCUGCCUGGCGACGCAUGCAGCAGGUUGCAUCCGACCAGGUCAAGGCCCUGCACACACUCAAGGCCACUCUGUCGCGCCUAGUGCAUGAAAAUCUUCCCGAUAGUUUGGCCAAGCGCCUCGUGUCCGGCCGCAGCCUACCGUUGCCGUCCCAUCUGGUUGGCCGACUCUCGGCUCGCUGCCCCCCCUCCAGAAACUCAACACAAGCCUGCCCAUGCAGAGCUUGUCGAGCCUCACGGGGUCCGGAGAGAACUAAUGCACCCCACCAACCCGUCGUUCUCUCGCCCCCUGCGAAUGGCCAGACGCAAAAAUUGUCGCACUACCGCAAUCCCCGCCUCCCCCCUCCCCCCUCCCCCCCCUCCACUGUCCGCUCCGUCCUCUCACAGCACGCCGUGCCGCCAUCUGUGCGCCGUUCAAUACCAGCUACCAGAGUAGGCCAUAUUCCAGAAAACGCUCCUGCCGCCUUGCCCUCCCCAGCCCAUCGCGGAGAGACUGCCCAGAUGGGUGAGACAAUAGGCGAUUGUCUCCGCACCCUCUCCACCUCCAUGACUUUGUCGCCCUGGGGUGACGAGUAA